UCUGGCCCUCUGUUGACACUUCCGUGUACAUUCCGCGCGACAUUUUUGCAUGUUUGGCGCGGAGGAAAUCUAUUGUUCUUGGCAGAAAACGUACUUUGAUUUUCACCUUUCCUGUCUUCUGUGAUACUAAGAACACCCACAGGCAUGGCUGAAAAGGACAAUGAAACGUUUGAUGAUGCUGUUGAAGAGAGGGUGAUCAACGAGGAGUAUAAGAUCUGGAAGAAGAACACACCAUUCCUCUAUGACCUUGUAAUGACCCAUGCCCUUGAAUGGCCAAGUUUGACCUCCCAGUGGCUCCCAGACGUCCAAAAGCCUGAGGGUAAAGAUUAUUCCAUCCAUCGUCUAGUUCUUGGUACACACACAUCUGAUGAACAGAAUCACCUAGUCAUAGCCAGCGUCCAGCUUCCAAACGAUGAUGCUAGCUUUGAUGCAGCACAUUAUGACAGUGAGAAAGGAGAAUUUGGAGGGUUUGGCUCCGUGAGCGGGAAGAUCGAGAUCGACAUCAAGAUCAACCACGAGGGAGAAGUAAACAGAGCGCGUUACAUGCCACAGAACGCCACCAUCAUAGCAACCAAGACUCCUAGCAGUGAUGUACUGGUCUUUGAUUACACUAAACAUCCAUCCAAACCAGACCUGAACGGUCAGUGCAGACCAGACCUGAGACUCCGUGGUCACUCUAAGGAGGGAUAUGGUCUCUCAUGGAACCCUAACCUUCAUGGCCACCUACUCAGUGCCUCAGAUGACCAUACCAUCUGCCUAUGGGACAUCAAUGAUAAGCCUAAAGAGAAUCGUGUGGUAGAUGCUAAGACUAUAUUCACAGGUCAUUCAGCGGUUGUUGAAGAUGUCUCGUGGCAUCUUCUUCAUGAGAGUCUGUUUGGAUCGGUUGCUGAUGAUCAGAAGCUCAUGAUCUGGGAUACUAGAGUAAGCAAUCUUGCCAAAGCAAGUCAUUCUGUGGAUGCUCAUACUGCAGAGGUGAACUGCUUGUCUUUCAAUCCAUACAGUGAAUUCAUUUUGGCUACUGGCUCGGCUGACAAAACUGUUGCAUUGUGGGAUCUGCGUAAUCUGAAACUCAAGCUUCACUCCUUUGAGUCGCACAAGGAUGAGAUCUUCCAAGUUCAGUGGUCUCCGCAUAAUGAGACGAUCCUUGCUUCCAGUGGUACUGACAGAAGACUCAAUGUAUGGGACUUAAGUAAAAUUGGUGAGGAGCAGUCUCCUGAAGAUGCCGAAGAUGGACCUCCAGAGCUUCUCUUCAUCCACGGAGGACACACAGCUAAGAUCUCAGACUUCUCAUGGAAUCCGAACGAACCCUGGGUAAUCUGCUCCGUCUCCGAAGAUAAUAUCAUGCAAGUUUGGCAGAUGGCGGAGAACAUUUACAAUGACGAAGAUCCCGACACGUCAGCGGCUGAUUUAGAACAACAGACUGCAUCAUAAAAGCUCCACUCUUAGAAAGAAAGUAAGAUCAGCAAAGGAAAAACAAAGACUCAAACUAUACUUGACUAUCAUUAGCCUACCCAUUAAUAGUGCCAUCACUUCCUUAUUCCUUCCUCUUUUCAAGAUUUGUUUGCCUGAUUACCUCUAUGGUACCCCCAAAAUGUCCUUAUCAUGUUUUUUGCUCAUUGUCUGUCUGGGCUCUAAAACAGAGGAUUAAAUAGAAAGAAGACCAGAAAAAUGACCUCUCUGAAAGAGCCCCCCCCAUCCCAAAAAAGUUUGAUAAAAGAAGAAAAUCCUGAGAAACCGGUCACUGGUCGAUUUGAGUUCUUCAAUAGAUGUCUAAUUUAGGAUAAUGUAAAUAAGUAAUGUGAUAGUUUUUCUAUGUUUAUUGAAGGUGAUCAAUACGGUUGUUAAUAUAGCCCAAGGGGGAUGUCUUGGGGAUAAUUGUCUUUGUAAGGGACGUACAGUCACGUAGAUUUCAGCAUAAAGGGUCAUGGAGAUCAGAGAGCUUAAAAGGAAGGAUUGAUUCUUGAGGAAUGGAAUGAAAUUAAGUUUUUGAAGGCUUUUUGGGACAUACUGAGGCAACUCUUCAUGGCAAUCCCUGUGACAUCAGUCAUUUACGGCACAAGUCUCGACAUUAAUGUUACUGAAAUGCACAGUCUACCUAGACUUUUCUCAUGAGGAUUUUUCUGUUCAUUUGCAUGUAGAGCAAAAUAAUUUUAGAGACAGCACAAAUUAAAACACUUAAGUUGUUGCUACUACAGUGUGUGUUUAAUCACAAAUGUUAGUUGGUGUAGGUACUCAAGCUUAACUACGGCAUUAAACAUACAUGUAUGCCUCACUGAUAUUUGCAUCUAUUCCAAAAAUACGAUUUAUAGGGUGGAGAAAUGGUUUGUAAAUUUCUGUGAAUAUUCCAUCUUAGAAUGGAGGGUGAUAAGAUAAUGGAAUAGAUAAGAUAACUGCACAAGCAUUUUAUGCUGAAUAUUAUUAUAUAUUUACCAAUGUAAUGCUCCUUUUUCCGUUGUACCUGAAUGAAAUUGAGGAAUAAUUAGUGAUACCUCAUGAUGAUAUGCUGAAAACAGACCAUUAUAUCUGUGCAAUUGGCACUGAGUCUUCUAGUGUUAACCUGGAUGUAUGUUUGAUACCAAAGCAGGAAAUACAAAUUCUCUUAUAAAAGAAACAAGUUGUUGGGGUAAGAAUGUUGCAUCUUCUCUAACUGUAUUUAUUCUGUUACAGUACGUUUCACUUCCUUUUGCUUUUUAAAAGCAAAUAUUCUUUGAUUGUUGUUGUCUUUGCUUCAGUUAUUCUGUGUUGAUUUUAUAAUUUUCCAAUUGUGGGAUGCUGUAUUAAUUUAUCUGAAGUACUGAAAAUGAUAAGUUAUUUUGUCUGCAGUCUGCAUUAAUUUGAACAGUGAAUUACGAGACCUGAGGGGUGCUUCACAAAGAUGUAAGUAUGACUUAGAGUCGCACUUUAAUACCGAGUUGCGUGUGGUAUGAAAGGCUUGACCGCAUUGAUCAUAUCGUGUCAAGAGGACACGCACUACUGCGAAUCUAUCAAUAAGAUCGCGUGUUGCAUAUCAUGUACGUGUUGGCAUUUAAGUCCCGGGAUUUAAGUGCGACUUAGGUCAUACUUAAAUGUUUGUGAAACACCCCCCUGGUACUGCUGCUCCCUCACUAUGAAGAAAGAGAGAGAGACAAAAAGGGGAAAUGUAUUCGACCUAAUUGCAGCAUCAGUAGUUAAUAGCAAGAGCGAUCAAAUCAAAUGAUUACUAUCAGUGUUUUGUGAUGCUUUCCAUGUAUCUUCCUCGUAAGGAAUUGAUUAUACAAUGUACAGUAUGUAUCAUUCUUUUUUUUCUACAAUAUGAAUUGUGUUCAGCCAAUGUCCGAUUUUCUGUAAUUCGGUGUAAAACAGUCAAUUAAAGGACAUGUAGUAUUUGUA